AUGGUCGUUUAUAUGGUUUGGCUGCAGUCUGUGAGAUGGGCCUGGAGUCUCAUCAAUACCUUGGCUAGCUCUGAGUACAUCCAGAAGUCCAAAACACCCACUGUGCUGCUACCCGGAUCCCAGACAACCGACACAACCCUAAGGGCGCUCUAUGACCAGGUGUGCCACACAGGGUCUCCUACUAUGGAACUGGCCCAAUCACCGCUUUUCAAACCCGUUCCAGUUUCUCUUAGCAUCGAAGACCGGACUCGGUUAACAUAUGAAAGGGCCAAAUUGAUAUGUGAUGCAUUCAACCUAACGAUCGAGGAUGUUCUGCACCUGACUCCAAAUUUCUGGAAGUUCCAUAUCGAUCUUAUGGGUGUCGUGGAUGGUGGAGCCAUAACGUUGAUCACUAUUCAAUACAAUCUCUUCGUGGGCACUGUGGCACCAUACGCAGUUGAUCGGCCAGACCUACAAUUGAUUCUUGAUCGUGCUAUAAAAUUUGAAAUCUCGGCACAAUUUUUGCUCACUGAAGUCGGUCAUGGGUUAGAUGCCCGGAACCUUGAAACAACUGCGACACUUUUGCCAAACGGAGACUUUGAACUCCACAGUCCGAAUUUAGCUGCUGCAAAAUGCAUGCCCCCAACUACGCCGCGUGGCGGUCUCCCUUUGAUCGGCGUCGUCAUGGCUAAGUUGAUUGUCGAGAGUGAAGACUAUGGAGUACGCACGUUUAUAGUCCCCUUGACCGAUGGAAAGGAGAUGUGCAAAGGAGUUACCUCGAAGGUCCUCCCUCCUCGGACUGGUGCACACCCUAUCGACCACGCUCUCACAUACUUCGAUCAUGUCCGUCUUCCCAGCUCAGCUCUCCUAGGACCCAUCGCGAAGCCUAAGAAUGAGCGAUCCCAGUUCUUCUCCUCGAUCCAGCGCGUCUCAGUUGGAACGCUCUUUCUAUCAGCUGGGUGUAUUCCACUUCUCAAGAACGCGGUCUACAAUGCAAGUUUAUUCAGCAUGCGACGAAAGGUCAAAAACUUCGAUGGAAAGGUCAUAGCUGUCAUGAGUUUCCGGACUCAGCACCUCCCGAUCUUGCAUGCGAUCGCUCAGUACCAUGUUCUGCAGGCAUUGCUCAUCAAGGCAGCGACAGAGUUCCGGAAUCCGAAAUACGACGCCCGUGUACGCCAUGCCUAUGCAACGGUCUUUAAGGCGGUCGCGUUGCAGCAUUUUCAGAAGAGCAUUAAAGCUAUGAAUGAUGGGUGCGGGUGGCAUGGGUAUUAUGAACAUAAUCAGAUCCUCCAGAGCGAGUUGGAGUUCCGUGCAGUGGGAACAGCAGAAGGCGACAUCCGGGUCCUUGCUAUCAGACUUGCAAGUGAGCUUCUACUCGGCCGAUAUCAACUAUCGCCUCCACAAAACCCAACCAGCCUCGUAGCCCAACAUGAGGCUGGCCUAUUCGCAGAAGCGAUAGGGUACCUCCACAGCAUCGGAGGUUUCCACCGCAGCGAGAAAUUCAACCGAAACAUCCUCCCUCUUUCUCUCCCACUUGUUCAAGCGAUCGGACACAGAAUGGCAGUUGAAGCAGCGCAGAACGCAGGAAUAGAUCCCAAGCUUCUCGAACUGUACAAAGCUGGCGUCAUCAAAGAGGACUCGGCUUGGUAUUCGGAACAAGGCGGUCUUAGCAGAAAAGCUCAGUUUGAAAUGGAGGCUAAGGCUGUGGAUGCGCUACUUCCUGAUCUUGAGAGGUUGGUGCAGGACACCGGUUCUCAGGCGUAUAAUUAUGCGCCUAUGACUUCAGAAAGGUUGUGGGAUGAUUUUGUUGAGGGGUUGGAGAGCUUUUCUGGGGAUGCGUCUUUUGAUCCUGGGCUUUGUGUUCCAGAGAAGAGUUGUGUGGACGCGUUGCAUGUAUGA